GCGCUACCAACUGCUGGUGUCGGGUCGGCGGGCGCGGGGCCGAGAUGGCUGGGCCGCACGCCUGCACGGACGGACCCUGCUGUUCCCGCCCCGGUGCGGUGCCCGGCGUGCAGCAGACGCUGGAGGAGAUGGACUUCGAGAGGGGGAUCUGGUCGGCAGCCCUGAACGGAGACCUGGGCCGAGUGAAGUAUUUAAUCCAGAAGGCCACGGACCCUAGUCAGCCUGACUCGGCCGGCUACACCGCCCUGCACUAUGCCAGCCGAAAUGGGCACUAUGCCGUAUGCCAGUUCCUGCUGGAAAGUGGAGCAAAGUGUGACGCCCAGACCCACGGGGGUGCCACGGCUCUGCACCGGGCCAGCUACUGCGGGCACACUGAGAUCGCCCGGCUGCUGCUCUCACAUGGCUCCAACCCCAGGCUGGUGGAUGACGAUGGUAUGACCAGUCUGCAUAAGUUGUGUACGUGUCUCCCCCCCUCUCUUUGCAGGCUGCGGAGAAGGGUCACAUGGACAUUUGCUCCCUCCUGCUGCAGCACAGCCCAGCCCUGAAGGCCGUCCGGGAUCGGAAGGCACGGCUGGCAUGUGACCUGCUGCCCUGCAACAGUGACCUGCGGGACCUGCUGGCCAGCUGAGUCAUUGCCCUCCUGUCUCG